AACGGAAUAUCUAGAUUGAAGCAAGUAUCUUCUCUUAGUUUGUGUGCUGUAACCCCGUUUCAUUCAAACUCAAAUCACUACUCCUUGAUUCGAUUGUAAUCAUAGGAGUAUCUCACAUAUUAAAACCAUUUCAAUUAAAUUUUCCAUUUUUGUCUCUUCAUUUAAUGAAAACAUCACAAACUAUGUUUCUGACCUUUUCACAUUACAGUACACUCCCAAUCUAUCCUAUCUCAUUGUUUUUGUCUCUUUUCACAUUUUCUCUUUAACAAACCAGUCCACAAAUCUUGGCCACCACGUUAACCCUAUUCCCAAGGAAUCAUAUUUUUUGUUUUUAUAUUGACUUAAUCAUCUUUCUCUCUCUCAACUUUUUGACUUAAUCACUAUUCAGUGCUCACAACUUUUUGGCAACCACUUUUAUAUAUAACCUCAAAAAUUUCAUCUUUCAUAAUAUCACUAAACCAUUUUCUUCAUAGAAUCUCAAUAACAAACUUCCACAAUAAAAAUCCAAUUUUUAAUUUUUCUAUUUCAUAGAACAGUUUAAUUUAACUAUGUUGGAGUUGGGUUUUGUUUCAACUUCACUCAUGAACAAUGGAACUGAUUUUCUUGUUAAACCCAUUUUCCUUCAUGGGUUAUCUAGUUUACUUCAUGUAGUGUUGCUUGUGGCUGUUUUAGUUUCAUGGGUUUGGAGAAAAAUCAAAACUUGUGUUGUGAAUGAGUCUAAGGAGGAGAAACUUAAUAGUACUUUGUUUAAAGUGACAAAGUUUUGUUCUAUUGGUUUUUCUUUCUUAAAUUUUGUUCUGUUUUUGUUUAAUUAUUUUUACGGGUAUACUAAUGGUUGGUCAGAUGAAAAAGUUGUUACCCUUUUUGAUUUAGGUUUAAAAACAGUUUCUUGGUUUGUUAUUUGCGUUUGUUUCCACAAAGGGUUCUUGUUUUUCUUCAGUUCAGGUCAAAGAAAAACAAGGUUUCCAUUCUUCUUUAGAGCUUGGUGUGUCUUCUAUCUCAUUGUUGCAUGUUAUUGUUUUGUGGUUGACAUUGUUGUUUUUUAUGAAAAUCACAUUGAGUUAACUGCCCAAUCCAUGGUUUCUGAUGUAGUGUCUUUUUGUGUUGGUUUGGUCUUCUGUUAUGUGGGGUAUUUUGUGAGAAAUGAGAGUGAAGAAGGUGAUAGAACUAUUCAAGAACCUCUUUUGAAUGGUGAUACACAUGUUGGUAAUGGUAAUGUUAAUCCCUUGGGGUUAAAAGAGACUAAAGGGAGUGACACUGUUACUCCUUUUUCAAAUGCUGGAAUUUUGAGCCUUCUCACUUUCACUUGGGUGGGACCCCUUAUAGCAUUUGGCAAUAAGAAAACCUUAGACCUUGAGGAUAUUCCUCAGCUAGAUAGUGGAGAUAGUGUAGUUGGAGCUUUUCCAACUUUUAGAAACAAACUUGAAGCUGAUUGUGGUGCAGUCAAUAGAGUAACCACACUUAAGUUGGUUAAGUCAUUGUUAAUCUCUGCGUGGAAAGAGAUUCUUAUCACUGCUUUUCUUGCAUUGUUAAACACUUUAGCUUCUUAUGUUGGUCCGUAUCUUAUUGAUUCUUUUGUUCAAUAUCUUGAUGGAAGAAGGCUAUAUGAGAAUCAAGGCUAUGUGUUGGUUUCUGCAUUUUUCAUUGCAAAGAUUGUAGAAUGCCUAACACAGAGGCAUUGGUUCUUUAGGUUGCAGCAAAUCGGACUUCGAUUCCGAGCACUGCUUGUCACUAUGAUAUAUAACAAAGCCUUAACACUUUCCUGUCAAUCAAGACAAUGCCACACUUCUGGAGAAAUAAUCAAUUUCAUGACCGUUGAUGCUGAAAGAGUCGGUGUUUUCAGUUGGUACAUACAUGAUUUGUGGUUAGUAGUUUUGCAAGUUACAUUGGCGUUGAUCAUUUUAUAUAAAAAUUUGGGGCUUGCUUCCGUUGCUGCUUUUGUUACUACUAUCAUUAUUAUGCUGGCAAAUGUUCCCUUGGGAUCAUUGCAAGAGAAGUUUCAAAAUAAGUUGAUGGAGUCAAAGGAUACAAGAAUGAAGACAACAUCUGAAAUUUUAAGGAACAUGAGGAUUCUCAAACUACAAGGAUGGGAAAUGAAGUUUCUAUCUAAAAUAACUGAGCUUAGGGAUGCCGAACAAGGGUGGUUGAGAAAGUUUCUUUAUACUUCAGCCUUGACUACAUUUGUCUUUUGGGGUGCACCUACAUUGGUAUCAGUGGUUACUUUUGGUACUUGUAUGCUUAUAGGGAUCCCACUUGAAUCGGGGAAGAUUCUGUCAGCACUUGCAACAAUCAGGAUUCUUCAAGAGCCUAUUUAUAAUCUUCCAGAUUUUAUUUCAAUGAUAGCACAGACUAAAGUUUCUCUCGAUAGGAUCUCUUCGUUCCUUCGUCUCGAUGACUUGCAAUCGGAUGUUGUUGAAAAGCUUCCUCCGGGAAGUUCUGAUACUGCGAUUGAUGUGGUUGAUGGGAAUUUUUCUUGGGAUUUAUCUUCACCUAAUCCCACUUUGCAGAACAUAAAUCUCAGAGUUUUUCAAGGCAUGAAGGUUGCUGUUUGUGGUACAGUUGGAUCAGGCAAGUCUACUUUACUUUCUUGUGUAUUGGGAGAAGUACCAAAGAUAUCUGGUGUCCUUAAGGUUUGUGGAACAAAGGCUUAUGUUGCUCAAUCACCAUGGAUUCAAAGUGGCAAGUUAGAGGAUAAUAUAUUGUUUGGUGAACACAUGGUUAGGGAAAGGUAUGAGAAGGUACUUGAAGCAUGUUCCUUAAAGAAGGAUCUGGAAAUCUUGUCAUUUGGUGAUCAGACGAUUAUAGGCGAACGUGGGAUAAAUUUGAGUGGUGGACAGAAACAACGAAUACAAAUUGCUCGCGCUCUUUACCAAGAUGCUGAUAUCUAUCUAUUUGAUGAUCCUUUUAGUGCUGUGGAUGCUCAUACAGGAUCUCACCUUUUCAAGGAAUGUUUGUUUGGCGUUUUAAGUUCAAAAACAGUUGUUUAUGUUACUCAUCAAGUGGAGUUCUUACCUACUGCUGACCUUAUAUUGGUCAUGAAAGAUGGAAAAAUUACUCAAAGUGGAAAGUAUGCCGAUCUGCUCAACAUUGGGACCGAUUUUAUGGAACUCAUCGGCGCACACAGAGAAGCUAUGUCUACACUCGAAUCAAUGGAUGGAGGGAAAACAUCUAAUGAAAUAAGUACCUUAGAAAAAGCUGUAAAUAUCGCCGGCAAUCAUGAAGAGUUAAACAAAGAUGAGCAAAAUGGUGAUAAAGGAGAACCAAAAGGCCAACUUGUUCAAGAAGAAGAAAGGGAGAAAGGUAAAGUCGGAUUUUCAGUCUAUUGGAAAUAUAUCACAACUGCAUAUGGAGGAGCUCUUGUACCGUUCAUAUUAUUGGCUCAGAUUCUUUUUCAAGCUCUUCAAAUUGGAAGCAACUAUUGGAUGGCUUGGGCAACUCCCAUCUCAGCCGACGUGGAGGCACCGGUUGAAGGAACAACUCUAAUUGAAGUCUAUGUUGGUUUGGCCAUUGGAAGUUCUUUAUGCAUUCUUGUUAGAGCAUUGAUACUUGUUACAGUCGGUUAUAAGACAGCCACUAUACUCUUCAAUAAAAUGCACUUGUGCGUUUUUCGCGCCCCUAUGUCAUUUUUUGAUUCUACUCCAAGUGGACGAAUCCUUAAUAGGGCUUCAACCGACCAAAGUGCAGUGGAUACUGACAUUCCUUAUCAAAUUGGCUCAUUUGCCUUCUCCUUGAUCCAGCUUCUAGGAAUUAUAAUAGUGAUGUCUCAGGUGGCAUGGCAAGUUUUCAUCGUGUUUGUACCCGUGAUAGCAAUUAGCAUUUGGUAUCAGCGAUAUUAUUUACCAUCAGCCCGUGAACUAUCACGUUUAUGUGGAGUAUGCAAAGCCCCAAUCAUUCAACACUUUGCCGAAACAAUAUCUGGUACUUCAACCAUUAGAAGCUUUGAUCAACAGUCAAGAUUCCAUGAAACAAAUAUGAAACUGACUGAUGGGUAUUCUCGGCCAAAGUUCAAUAUCGCAGCUGCUAUGGAAUGGUUAUGCUUUCGUUUAGAUAUGUUGUCUUCUUUCACAUUUGCCUUUUCCUUGAUAUUCUUGAUAUCAAUUCCAGCCGGAAUCAUAAAUCCAGGCAUUGCUGGUCUAGUUGUUACCUAUGGUCUAAAUUUAAACAUGAUACAAGCUUGGGUAAUAUGGAAUCUUUGUAAUUUAGAGAACAAAAUUAUAUCUGUGGAAAGGAUGCUUCAGUAUACAACCAUUCCUAGCGAGCCUCCGCUUGUUUCAGAAGAAGAAAAAAGGCCAGAUCCUUCUUGGCCCGCAUAUGGCGAGGUUGAUAUAAGAAACUUGCAGGUUCGAUAUGCUCCACAUCUGCCGCUCGUGUUGCGUGGCCUAACAUGUACGUUUCGUGGAGGACUGAAAACUGGCAUUGUUGGUAGAACAGGUAGCGGCAAAUCAACUCUUAUACAAACACUUUUCCGACUCGUUGAACCUACUGCUGGGGAAGUUAUCAUCGACAACAUCAACAUCUCUACCAUUGGACUGCAUGAUUUGAGGUCUAGACUAAGCAUUAUUCCACAGGAUCCAACAAUGUUUGAGGGGACUGUGAGAAGUAAUCUUGACCCUCUGGAAGAGUACAAUGAUGAACAAAUAUGGGAGGCCUUGGAUAAGUGUCAACUGGGAGAUGAAGUUAGAAAGAAAGAAGGAAAGCUCGAUUCUCCAGUUAGCGAGAAUGGUGAGAAUUGGAGCAUGGGUCAGAGGCAGUUGGUAUGCCUUGGUAGGGUACUACUUAAGAAGAGCAAGAUUUUGGUGCUUGAUGAAGCCACUGCAUCAGUUGAUACAGCUACAGAUAAUUUGAUUCAACAAACUCUUAGGCAGCAUUUCACUGACUCUACAGUUAUUACCAUUGCGCAUCGAAUAACUUCUGUUCUUGACAGUGAUAUGGUUCUACUUCUUAGUCAAGGACUUAUUGAGGAGUAUGACUCCCCAACCACAUUACUAGAUGAUAAGUCAUCAUCUUUUGCUAAGCUUGUUGCAGAGUAUACCAUGAGGUCCAGCUCCAAUUUUGAGAAAUCUGUUGAUCACUGAUUGAAGUCUUCCGUCCAAGAUAAAAGCUUUUUGAUGAAGACGAAAAUUUUGGGGGCAGUAUCUUUUCAAUAGGGUUUGUAGUUCUCCUUCCAUUAAGCAUGUUUGAUAGGAAAAUCCGAAAAUGUAAUAUAUAAGAAUAAGGCUUUGAAUGUCCAACUUCACCUUUUUUUCAAGGCUGAAGGAAAUUACUAGAGGGAAGAAUUACAAAAUGAAACAAUCAUGUUAGUUUGAAUGUGCAUAAUUGCAUCAUGGUAUAGUUACUCAAAUAAUGUGAAUAAUUGCAUUAAUACUGUUUUA